GGCGGUCAGAUUCUGGGGAUUUGCUGAGAAGAAAGGACGCUUCGUGAAUUUUUCAUGUAAGUAGUGAGCUAUUUAUCGCAAGGGGUUGGGAAUUUUCACCUUCAGGACGUGGACUGACGCUUUCUUUGGCGGAUUGGAAGUUUAGUUGUUGGAGUGAAGGAAGGACGCUUUGUGCAUUCUCACGUUUCACACGACGCCGCUUCAAUUGACUGGAAAGUUACUCAGAGUGAGACAAGGGUGGAAAAUUGCAGCCAUCAUGGCAUCUGGCAGUCAUCAGAAUGGGAAGGACGCAAUCGAGAAGGUGUACCAGAAGAAGACUCCACUGGAGCACAUCCUUCUGCGUCCGGACACUUAUAUUGGCUCCGUGGAGAUGGUGAAGGAGCAGAUGUGGGUGUAUGACAAAGAGAAUAAGAAGAUGAUCCAGAAGGAGAUCUCGUAUGUGCCCGGAUUGUACAAAAUCUUCGACGAGAUCCUCGUGAAUGCGGCGGACAAUAAGCAGCGCGAUAAGAACAUGACCAGGAUCAAGAUUGACAUCAAUCAGGAGGAGAAUACGAUCAGCAUCUACAACAAUGGCAAGGGUAUUCCGGUGGUGAUGCACAAGGAUGAGAAGAUGUACGUGCCCACGAUGAUCUUCGGCCACUUGCUCACGUCCUCCAAUUACAACGACGAGGAGGAGAAGGUGACGGGCGGCAGGAAUGGAUAUGGCGCCAAGCUCUGCAACAUCUUCAGCACAAAGUUCAAGGUUGAGACGGCGUGCCGCGAGUACAAGGCCAAGUUCAAGCAGCAAUGGGGCGAGAACAUGAAGCGCACCAGCGAUCCGCGCGUGGAGUCGUUCAGCGGUGAGGACUUCACCAAGGUGACAUUCUCGCCGGACUUGUCGAAGUUCAAGAUGGAAAAGUUGGACGAUGACAUUGUGAGUCUGAUGAAUCGUCGCGCCUUCGACGUGGCCGCGUCCACGCGAGGCGUGGCGGUGUUCCUCAACGGCGAGAAGAUUCCCGUGAAGAACUUCAAGGACUACGUGGACCUGUAUCUGAAGGACAAUCUGGACGAGAGUGGCGGCGCACCGCCCAAGGUUGUGUAUGAGAAUGUGAAUGAGCGCUGGGAAGUGGCGCUCACGAUGUCUGACAGGGGUUUCCAGCAGAUGUCCUUCGUCAAUUCCAUCGCCACCACGAAGGGUGGACGGCACGUGGAUCACGUGACGGAUGCCAUCGUGAAGCAGCUGAUUGAGGUGCUGAAGAAGAAGAACAAGGGCGGCACGAACAUCAAGCCAUUCCAGGUGAAGAAUCACUUGUGGAUCUUCAUCAAUUGUCUCAUCGUCAAUCCCACUUUCGACUCGCAAACCAAGGAGAACAUGACAUUGCAGUCGAAGAGUUUCGGCUCGAAGUGUGGCCUGUCGGAGAAGUUCAUCACGAAUGUGACAAAGUGUGGCGUUGUGGAAUCUGUGCUGCAGUGGGCAAAAUUCAAGGCACAAACGGAAUUGGGCAAGACCAGUGGCAGCAAGAAGUCCAAGAUUAAGGGCAUUCCGAAGCUUGAGGAUGCCAACGAUGCGGGCACGAAGAAUUCUCAUCUCUGCACGCUGAUCUUGACUGAGGGAGACUCAGCCAAGACGCUGGCAGUGUCGGGAUUGGGAGUUGUUGGCCGAGAUCACUUUGGCGUGUUUCCGCUGAGGGGUAAGCUGCUGAAUGUCCGUGAGGCGACUCACAAGCAGAUUCUGGAGAAUGCAGAGAUCAACAAUCUGAUCAAGAUCCUUGGGCUGCAGUACAAGAAGAAGUACAACUCACUGGAUGAUCUCAAGAGUCUGCGCUAUGGCAAGGUGAUGAUCAUGACAGAUCAGGAUCAGGAUGGAUCGCAUAUCAAGGGUCUGGUGAUUAAUUUCAUCCACACAAAUUGGCCGGAAUUGCUGCGACUGCCAUUCCUGGAGGAGUUCAUCACGCCCAUUGUGAAGGCGACGAAGAAGAACGAAGUGUUCUCAUUCUACUCCCUGCCAGAGUUCGAGGAGUGGAAGUCCAACACGCACAAUGCGCACACGUACUCCAUCAAGUACUACAAAGGUUUGGGUACGUCCACGUCCAAUGAGGCGAAGGAGUACUUCAAGAACAUGCGACGCCACAAGAUCUCGUUCAAGUACGACGGCAGUGUGGACGAUGACGCCAUCGUGAUGGCGUUCUCGAAGAAGUGCGUGGAUCAGCGCAAAGAGUGGCUCACGGCGCACAUGGCGGAGACGAAGAGGCGCAAGCAGCUGGGAUUGCAGGAGAGAUAUCUGUACACGAAGGACACCACGAGUGUUUCCUACGCUGAGUUUGUCAAUCUCGAGCUCGUGUUGUUUUCCAAUGCGGACAAUGAGCGCUCAAUUCCCAGCUUGGUGGAUGGUUUCAAGCCUGGCCAGCGGAAGGUGAUCUUCACGUGCUUCAAGAGGAAUGACAAGAAGGAGGUGAAAGUGGCUCAACUUGCUGGUUCGGUGGCGGAGAAAUCGGCUUAUCAUCAUGGUGAGCAGAGUUUGUGCAGCACAAUUGUGAAUUUGGCACAGAACUUUGUCGGCAGCAAUAAUAUCAAUUUGCUGCAGCCGAAGGGACAGUUUGGCACAAGAUUGGCAGGUGGGAAGGACAGUGCAUCGCCACGUUAUAUCUUCACGAUGCUCUCGCCACUGGCGCGUUUGAUCUUCCAUCCCAACGACGAUCCACUGCUGCAGUAUCAGAAGGAGGACAAUCAGGACAUUGAGCCCGUUUGGUAUUUGCCAAUCAUCCCGAUGGUGCUGGUGAAUGGCGCCGAGGGCAUCGGCACGGGUUGGUCGACGAAGAUCCCGAACUACAAUCCGCGUGAGCUCAUCAGCAACUUGAGGCUGAUGAUUCAGAGUGAGGAGCCACAGCCGAUGAAGCCUUACUACAAGAACUUCACCGGUGAUCUGGAGUACAUGGCUGAGCAUCGCUACGUCUCCACGGGCAAUGUGGCCAUUCUGCCGGGAAAUCGCAUUGAGAUCACUGAAUUGCCAAUUGGCGUGUGGACGCAGACGUACAAGGAGAAUGUCCUGGAGCCGCUGCUGCACGGAUCAGAGAAGGCACAGAGUAAAGUGAAGGCCAUCAUCAAUGACUACAAGGAAUAUCACACUGAUGCGACAGUUCGCUUUGUCAUCAGCUUCGCGGCGGGUGAAUUUGAUCGGAUUCGAAGUGAAGACGGUGGAUUUCAUCGGGUGUUUAAGCUGCAGUCGUCAAUUAACACAAAUCAGAUGCACGCCUUCGAUGACAAUCUGUGUCUGCGUCGCUUUGACAAUGUGUCGAUGAUUCUGAAGGAGUUCUUCACGCUGCGUCUGGAAUACUAUGUGAAGCGCAAGGAGUAUUUGGUGGGAAUGUUGACGGCUGAGGCGGAUUUCCUGGGCAAUCAGGCGCGCUUCAUUGUGGAGAAGUGCGACGGGACGAUUCGGGUGGAGAACAAGAAGCGCAAGGUGGUGAUUGAGGAGUUGCUGAAGCGUGGCUACAAGCCGGAUCCGGUGCGUGAGUGGAAGAGGAAGAUCAAUCCGAAGUUUGCUGAGCAAGAGGCCUCUGAGGAUGCGGAGAAUGAGGGUGGCGAGGAGGAGGAAGAGACUGCUGUGGUGGAUGUGAAGAAGGGUAAGAAGCCAGUGGAUCCGGAGAAGGCGUUCAACAGUCUGCAGGAUGUGAAGCAGUUUGACUAUCUCGUGGGCAUGAAGAUGUGGAUGCUGACGGAGGAGAAGAAGCGUGAGCUGCUGAACAAGAAGGACACAAAGUUGAAUGAAUUGAAUAUACUGAAGCAGAAGACGCCUGAGGAUCUGUGGAAGGCGGAUCUGGACAAUCUGGAGGCGAAGCUGGAUGAGGUGGAGAAGAAGGAGCGUGACGAGAUGGCGUCGUCGAUGGUGACUCCGCUGAAGGGGAAGGGCAAGAAGGAGACUGGCGCGCGAGGAUUGAGGCUGAUCAAGGGUGAGAAGAGUGAGAUUUAUCCGGCGGUGAAUGGGGACAAGGUGGAGUUCCGGAUCACGGCGGAGUUGGUGAAGAAGUUCGAGAAGGCGGUCGCCGCGUCGCAGGGUGUGAAGAAGGAGAAGGCGCCGAAGAAGGAGAAGAAGGUGAAGGAGGAGACUGAGGAGAUGGAUGAUCUGGAUGCGCUGGUGAAUGCCGGAAAUAGCAGUAUUGAUCUCGUUGAUGGUAAGAAGCCGGCCAAGAAGACCAAGAAAGCGUCUGAUGGAAUGAAGCAGCCGAAAUUGAACUUCCCGAAGGCAACUAAGAAGUCGCCCAAAAAGGCCACAGGUGAGUUUGUGUCUGAUGAGGACGAGAUGGAGGUCAUCAGUCCGCCGUCACGCGAAAAGGCGCCAACUCGGGCGGCGUCCAAGAAGAUUGUGUACAAUUUCGAUGAUGACGAGGAGGAGGAUGAUGGUGCGGCUUCCGAGGGCUUCGGCGAUUCGGACAGUGACAUGGAGAUGAAGCCUGCCAAUCAGAAUAUGUCCAGUGAGGAUAUGUUUGACUCUCUCAAGGAGGACAAGGACUCGAGUCCUCCACAACCGCAGCCCAAGGCGGCGCCAACGCAGCGAAAGCUGCUGAACAAACCCGCGGCGGCGGCGCCGUCAAAGGUCACAAAGCGCGCGAAGAUGGACGACAGCGAUGAUGAUGUGCAGGUGAAGAAGUCCCGGAAGAAGGCGGGGAGCAGCGAUGAGGACUUCUCGCCCGUCAAGAAGCCAGCGCGAGGCCGUAAGAAGGCAACUUAUGCCGAGUCUGAUGACUCCGAUUCCGAUUAUUAGUGUUGAUGUUAUUAUUUAAUACUUGAUUUAAGGAUUCAAUUCCUCUUUUAUUUUAAUUGAUGUCUCAGCGACAAAACCAAUUUUUAGGAGAAAAAGGAGAGAUCUGAAGAAAAGAGUGUUUUCGACAAGAGAAACCAAAUUAAUAAA